AACACAAACACAAACACAACUCUCUCUCCUUCUCUCUCUAGAGGUCUCUCUCUCGUACAUAUUAAAGAAAGAGAAGCAUGGAGAAGACGAGGGAGUGGAAGGAGAAGCAACUGCAGAAGACCACCCUUGUCGCCACUGACAGGUCUUAUGCCGAACAAGUGAAGCUAGCCGCGAUUGCAAUCACCCUCAACGUGCGGUUGAGAUCAGCCGACAUGCCCGUCGACAUGCAAGAGCGUGCCCUGCGCUUCACUCGAUCCCUCCUCGACUCCGCCCCCGCCGGCAACCACCGCCCUAGCCCCUCCCUCCUCGCUCGCUCUCUCAAAAAGGAGUUUGACAGGUGGUACGGGCCGGCGUGGCACUGCGUGGUGGGGAAGAGUUUCGGAUCGUUCGUGACUCACUCGCCGGGCGGGUUUGUCUACUUCUCCCUCGACUCGCUAUCCUUUCUUCUCUUCAAAACCGAGGUUCAGCUGAUUACCGACCAGCCGCCACCUCCCUCUUCUUGAAAUGCUAACGCAGAGUAAUUAGUUUUCUUGAGAAAAUUUUCAGUUCUGAGCAUGUAUAUCUCAUGUGGUGUUUGCUGGGCACUCUCAAGCCGUCCGAUGCACUUUUGGACGAUUCAAAUUGAAAUAUUCUCUCCUCUCACCCCUCCUCUUUUUCUCUCCAAAUUCGAAUCGUCCAAAAUUGUAUCGGACGGUUUGAAUGUGCCGAGCGAGCACCAUGUGGUACCCAUCCUACACAGCAAAAUUUCUCAGUUUUCUUGACUACGGAAAAGGGAAAACAGAGUGCGUUCAAACAGUGAGUUGUGUUAUCAUUUUGGGUUUUUAGGAAUUUAGGAGGGAGAUGUUUGAAUUGUCAUCUUUUUUGUAACGUGUUUUUGUUUCUAAUACUAUGAAUGAUACACGCAAACGUAGACAUCAAAUGAAACACUGACCAUUCAUCAUUUACUCUAUUGCUUCUGGGCCUCCUGAC